AUGGGCUGGUUCUGGGGCAGCUCGAAUGGACAAGAGGAUCCGACGAAAAAACUCGACCCGGAGCUUCAAGACUACCUGAAGAAAGAAAGACCAACCACAUAUACGACGGCCGUCGAACCCUCCAGAGAAACUCCCACACAAUCUACACAAACGCCGUCACAAUCGACGGAUACCACUACAGAAGAUAAACCCGCAGUCCCUUCUGCUUCACUAUACCCUGACGGACGAUAUGCACACCUCUGGAAAACCUACAAGCCUCUCGCUGAAGUCGAAGCCGCCGACAAUUCGAAUACAGCGCAACGCGUGAUUGAUAAAUUCAAACAUCGGAAAGAUUCAGUGCAUGCGGCGGCCAUGGAGAACUGUGCAAUUGAGCAUGAGGGUCUGACGACUUGUUUUAACAAGGGGGAUUGGAUUUCGAUGAUUAAGGCUAGAGCAACCAUGUGCUCGGACGAGAAUAGGAAGUUUUCGCGAUGCUAUACCACGCAGGCUAAAUUCCUACAAGCUCUUGGCUAUGCCAGUUCAUUCGAAUACGACGAAGAAAAAGAGGAACGUAUUCAGAUGCACGCAGACAAACUAUACCACCAAAUGCUCGACUAUGAGAACCGAGUCGCGGAAGCCCGGGCCGCGGGACAAGAACCUCCCCCGAUCACAUCUCUAUUCAACCCGAACACCAAACCAGUUUCACCAAACGAUGCGAAGGUAAUACCGGGCGUCGAACAACUUCCGGAAGGGAUCAGAUUACCAGACACAUUAGACAAACUUAGUCCACAUGAGAGAGAGCUUGAGAUUCAGUCUAUGAAGGCUGAGCUGGAACAGAAGAAGAUGUAUUCGGAAGAGGCGGCGCCGUAUAUCAAGGCUCAGCAAGAAGCGCAAGCGAAAAGACAGGAGAGGGCUAAAAGUUGGUUUGGCGAGGCGAUUGGAAAAUGGAUUACGUAG